AUGAGUAAGCGCAUUCUUGCAAUAACCGAUGGGUCGAGUUCGCGGUCACGUAGACGCAGUCGAUCACCAGAAAAGUCUCCAGACUCUACUCCUCGAAAACGUAAGAGCAGAUGGUCUGCAGUUGAGACAGACCGAAUUUUUAUACCUGGUAUGCCUACUCAGCUGCCUCCAAACCUUACACCACAACAGGAGAAAGUGUAUAUCAUUCAACUUCAAAUCGAAGAUAUGUCUAGACGUUUGAAAAGUGGAGAUCUGGGCAUUCCUAAAAAUCCAGAAGACAGAUCCCCUUCUCCGGAACCCAUAUAUAGCAGUGAUGGUAAGCGUUUAAACACAAGAGAAUACAGAACCCGAAAAAAGCUGGAAGAUGAUCGUCACGCUCUUGUACAACAACUUAUGGAGAUUAAUCCUGAAUAUAAGCCACCAUCUGAUUACAAGGCUCCUCAAAAUAGAAUAACGGACAAAGUCUUUAUUCCCCAGGAUAACCAUCCAGACAUCAAUUUCGUCGGAUUGUUGAUUGGACCGCGUGGGAAUACUCUCAAGGCUCUGGAAAAGGAUACAGGUGCUAAAGUGAUAAUUCGUGGAAAGGGAUCCGUUAAAGAAGGUAAGGUUGGAAGGAGAGACGGACUUCCUUUGCCUGGUGAAGACGAGCCUCUACACGCUUUCAUUUCAGCACCUUCAGCUGAAUGUGUAGACAAAGCAGUCAAAAAAAUAAAUGAGAUAAUAAGACAAGGAAUUGAGAUACCAGAAAGUCAAAAUGACCUUCGGAGAGCCCAAUUACGUGAGCUCGCUUUACUUAAUGGAACAUUGCGUGAGCACGAAGGGCUAAUGAAACUGCGUGCAAUGGCUGAAGCCCAGUCAAUUGCUACUAACAAAAUCCAGUGUGGUAUAUGUGGAGGCGCUGGCCAUCUGUCAACUGACUGUAAAGCAUUGUUGGGUGGUCAAGCUUAUCUUGAUCAGCUUAAUGCCAACCCCAGUGAAAGAGCCAAAAUGGAUAGCGAAUACACUGCAUUGAUGGCGGAACUCGGUGUAGGCGGUUCACAAGGUCUUAGAGGUUUUAAUGCUUUACAACCACAACCUGCUCGUCCAACUCGUCAACCUCCACCUCCUGGUGUUGCAACUUUUGAUGAUGAUGACGAUGGAGAUACAGGAACAAAUGGUACUACUGCUACCACAACUACAACUGUUUCAACCUCAGUUUCUUCUCCCAACCAGUACGCAUUCGCCUUACCACCCCCACCCCCUCCUCCCUCUCAGUAUGCACCUAUGAUAACACCUGUUAGUCCGUGGACUACUCCUGCAGUCGUACCAUCUAUGCCUGGAUACCCAUCAACAGCUACCUACCCUCCUUCCGGAAUCCCUGCAGUUUCAGGAGCUUAUUCCGAAGUGUCAGCCGCAACAAAUGGUAGUUCCACACUGAAUCACUGGCAUCCCUCCGUCCCUGCAUCAGUUUCUUGGGGUGAUGGAUCAUCACAAAUACCAGCGGCUGUACCUGUUCCCGGUGCUGCAAUGGUUCCUCCUUAUUAUUUGCCAUCACCUACCGAUUACUGGGCUGGCUAUGGAGGAGGUUACGCAGCCCCUGUUCCCAAUCCUCCUCCGCCCCCACCACCUGGGGUCUAG